AUGGGAAAGAGGUCGCCUCCGAAAGCUGCUGCCUUGCGCAGGUGCGAGCGGAACGCAUCCGACCACAAAACAUCCACGCCGCCUUUGUACGUCGCGACUUCUCCACCAGAGUGCACCUUGACGAUGCCACAUUUUCCUUCCGCCGACCAAGCGAGCGAUGGCCAGGAAAGCGAGGUAGCACGCACUGCACGCAUUCGUGUCAAGACACGAAGGCGAAGAUAUCUGGAACAACAUGGCGAAUACUUUGAGUCGCCCAGCCUAGAGCUUGCAGGUGCUGCCGCGUGGCAUGUGCGCUUCCAGAGUGCUGCGGAGCGUGAGGCUGAUGGACGCGACAAAGGUUAUUCAGGCAUACUCGAAGCCGACUUGAUGCGAUCUGAAGCCAAGAUUGAGGCUUUGAACCACCCGGACCCCAACAGCCCUUUAGUGUACCGAAGAGAUGCAUCGGGGGCAAUCACAACUGUCGAACAGGACGAGGAAGAUAGGCCCAAGACAAAAGAAGAGGGGUUAGCCAAGUGGCGCGAGUACGUCGAGAUGCGUUUCCUUCGAGGCGAAGACCAAGACUUUGAUUACGGGCUUGUCGACGAAGACGAACACUAUGACGACCUAGACUGGCAAAGACAAGAGAGGGAAGAAAGCUACUUCGGACACGAGGAGGCCGAAUUUGUAGGCGAAGGCGAGAAGAAGGGUGAGACGGGAAUUCAGGACUACUGA